AUGAUCCGUGAGUCCCGCGAUGCGAAACUGCCGCUCAUUGUGGUGCUGCUGUGCUGUGCCGGUGCGUGUCUCGCCUCUGCACACGCUAGCUGCGGGUAUGAUACUGUUGUGAGGCUGGGCGGCGCAAGCCUGGUGGAUGUUGUGGCGGAGGUGCCGCAGAAGGGCCAGAGCGGGAUCCAGGCGUACACUGCGGCGGUGUCGAACGGCUGGGCGCCCCUCCGCAUCGUGGUGUCCACGAAGGACCUCGAGGAUCCUUCAAAGUACUGCAACGAGACGGAUGUGGAACGACCUACGUUCACGGGUAAGAAAGUAGAUUGCCAUGGCCCGAAUCUACUCAGGCCUGAAGAAAUUGCUGCCAUUAAGAACCCGAUCAUCCCUGCUGCUGUGAAACUGCACACGGACCGUCUGCUCGUCCAGCCUGUGAGCGGCCCUUUAAAGGUGCCUGAGUUU